UUAAAAAUGAAGAAGUGGCUGCUAUUAUCUCUGCUAGUGCUAGCAUCUGUCUGUAACGAAGAGGCAGGCUAUGAACAAGCCUAUGCCUUGCCCACCAUGGAAAGUCUCGAUGAGAAGAGUUUAAACAGACCAGAUGCGACCAGUCAGAAAUAGCCGUCUGUAUCCAGCCAAUUAUGAUAAGAGAAUGGGCUCUGACGAGAAGUUUGACCCUCAUUUGAUACUGAAGGAAAAUGCAGCGAUGAAUAAGAAUGUUAAAAACUCCUUAGGCACAGUGGUCGACCCCAGGUUCUGUUUGAAGAAGUGAUCGGGCCAUGGCAAGUGAGAAGCGGUUUUUAAGUCUGUGACUCCUACCGAUGAUGCCUCUUUUGAAAGCCAGCUUGAGCAGGAAGAUGUUAUCUACAUCUGUGCUUGUGAUGAAAAUUUUAUUGGUACCUUAUGUGAUGAAUGUAAGACCGGUUUUUAUGGGCCAAAAUGACUUCCAUGAGAAAGAAACCCAGCCGAUGGAGAGAUUUGUGGAAAGUUUGGAGUCUGUGAUGAUGGCAUCCAUGGGCAUGGAGGUUGCUAUUGUGAGGAUGCUGACCUUGAGCCUUCUUUGUUCUGUGAAUCAGUGUCUCAAGAGUUAUUGCAUCAAGAAGAAGAAGAUUUUACAUGGGGAUUCUUUAUUCUCCUACUCGUAGCUUUUAUGUCUUUACUGAUUCUUUACAUGUACAUAAAGCUUCCAUGGCUUGCCAACUUUCCUGAAUGUAUAGCUGCAGUUGUUCUUGGAAUCUGAAUUGGGUUAUUCCUGAAAUACCAUCUUGGCUCUGAAGGAAAGGAGGGAGGAAUCAUUAAAAUUUUGCAGUUUGAACCCCAUACUUAUUUCUUAUUUUUACUUCCUCCAAUAAUGUUUCAGAUUGGUUUUUCAAUGAAUGCAGCAACUUUCCUAAGAAACAUAGUGACAAUUAACUUUUUCUCUAUUUUGGGAACAUUCAUCAGCAGCUUUGUCUUCUCAGGAUUGUUAUACUAUUCUCUGGGAUAUAUGGGGCUUCCUCAUGCUUAUAUCGACUGAUUGCAGUUUGGAACUAUUAUAUCCGCCAUUGAUCCAGUAGCUACGAUAUCUAUUUUCAAGUCUUUGAGAAUUAACGAUCGGAUUUACAUGAUUGUAUUUGGAGAAAGCACUCUCAAUAACGCAGUAGCUAUUGCCCUGGCUACCUCUUUUUAUGGUAUUAAGUUGCUUAUUAAUGAACUAGAUGAGCUGAAUAUUGUGGUCUUUACUAUCGAGAAGUUUUGAACCUAUUUCUUCUUGUCGUUCUUGAUAGGUGCAACAUGGGCUGUGAUUACCUCAUUUGUAUUUGCGACUCUGGAUCUUCAUGAAUUUACAUGGAUUGAAAUAGCAAUGUUUACACUUUCAUGAUACUUCCCAUAUAUCUUCUGUGAAGCUGUGGGCUGCUCAGGAGUUAUUUCCAUCUUUGUUACAGGUAGCUUUAUGAGAAACUAUGCCUUCUACUCACUUGGCAGCUGAGGAAAAAUCACUAUUGAAUAUUUGGUAGACACAAUUGGUUUUACGACUGAGAAUUUUAUUUUUGCAUACCUUGGGGUUUCGAUUCCACUAAUGCUUGAUGAAGUAAAUAUUUAUCUCACUUUGAUAGGAAUUGCAGUUCUGAUGAUUUCAAGGUCUGUAGCUGUCUUCUCCACAUCGUACCUGGUGUCCUUCUUCGACAAGAAAGUGCCUUUCUCCCACCAGAUCGUCUUUAUCUAUGCUGGCUUGAGAGGAUCUGUGGCCUUCUACCUCGCCCUGCACUACCUCGCUGACCAAGAGGCGGUACUGUUGCCUCAGAUAAUGUCAAUGAUCCUGUUCACAGUCAUUGUGCUGGGAGGCACAACUGUGUUCGUGAUGAAGUUCCUGCACAGAAUGUUCCCUCAAGACAAAAUUUUCAAAGACGAAGACCUCUCCGAAAUGUAUGAAAUGGACGAGCAGUCGCUUGAAGACGAAGUUGAGAAAGAAGAAAACUACGUCAUGUCCAGACUCGAAAGAUUCGAUCGAGAGUUCCUGAGGAAGCUUCUCAGAAAAGAAGGCUGGGAACUCUGAGAAAACACAGUCUUCUUCGAGCAACACGAGUAUCCUGGAUCUGCUGAAAACCUUGAUCUUUCUGCAGAAGACAAGAACUCAGUGUUCUUCAGAAGAACCCAGAACAGAGGCGACUUGUCUCCAACCAGAAACAGCAUCAUGCAUCAGCCGAACAUUCCGAAGAGACUCAACAAAGAAGCGGCUCAGCAGUUCUCGUUCAGAGAGAACCUGUCGAAGCGGUUCAAGAAAGAUGACUCUUUCGCCACUCCGAACAAAGUGGAUGACAGGUACUCAAUCAACUUCUCGAGGUACAGAGACAACUUCUCAGUGAUGCAGGCCCACAACUUCUUGAACGCAGCCAUGGCCAAAGACAGCAACAUUGACUUCUCAGCCUCAAGGAGAAAGUCCAUGAGGUUCUUGUCUCAGAGAAAGAGCAAGCAUGACACCAAGUCAGACGCUUCAGGAGCAGGUGGCAACUUCCAUGACAGAAGAAAGAAGAGAGUAGGCAGCUCGAUCAGUCCAGCCAACAACUUGAAGAACUUGUCCGGAGAAGAGCCAAGGAGACUCGAAGAACAUAGCGGACCCUUUGCGGUCCUGACCAACCAGAAGGUAGACAAGCAUGAUGCCUUCUCAGAGAAGAUUUCUCCAAGAGAGCAAGACUACAUCCACCAGGACGACGUUCUCAAGGAAGUCUCUGAAGCAGACGAGGAGGAGAAAGCUCCGAACAGUAAGAGGCCUGAGUCUGAGUCAGGCAAAAGACACCAAACAGAGGACGCAAAGGAUUUGGAGAAAGGUAGGACUCCAGAUAAAGCAGGUGACAGCAGACAAGAGUCCACUCCUGGAGACUCUAAGGCCAGAAAGAAGGCUACAGAGGACAUCGAUAUACGAGUUGACAAUGAUUGGUAAACUGUUAAUUAGUGAA